UUCUUGCGAAGUGUCUAAAAAAAUUAACACUUAUAUGCUAAUGAGUAGCAAAUGUAAGAGUAUCAAGCUAUUCGUUAUAGUUUAGCAAAAAACUUGUUGCUUGCUAUGCGAGCUUUUAGCAUGGCGUCAGUAUCUUGUUGAGCUUUGAUACGCAGAUUACAUUUAAUAAACGAUGUCAACUGGAUCAUCAGGCGUUAGCCUUAACAGCAAGGUGUUGCUGGGCGUGGGCGUUGGCUUGGUUGCCAUAGGUGGUGCUGGUUACCUAUUGUGUCGCCACUUGCGGCGUCCAGAGCCGAUGCCAGAGAAAUGGCGACGUGUGGGCACCGUGCAGCGCAUCAAUCUGUUUCCCAUCAAGUCUUGUGGUGUGCUGGUUAACCCAGGCGCUGAAGAGUACGACUGCGACUGGUUGGGCUUGGGCAUAGGUGAACUGCGCGAUCGCAAGCUCAUGCUACUCACAGAAAAGAACGAGAUGGUUACGGGCCGCACAUAUCCAACUUUGUUGCUGAUACAAAGCAAGAUGCUAGCCCAUGGAUUGGUGUUCAGUGCACCGAGCAUGCCUGAUCUGCAGCUGGACUACAAGGAUCUGCAAACAACAGGCAAGCUGGUGCCCACUGAUAUCUUUGGUGCCAAGCUCAAAGCCAUGUUGAUUGAUGAGCGCUUUGACAAAUGGUUCUCACAGUUUAUACUCAAAACGGAUAAAGGCUUAAGGCUAGCAUAUUACUCACAUGCCAAGCCAGUGCGCAACACUCCUGCCAACUUGAAGCACUUGCCUCAUCUAACCGAUGCGGAUUCCGGCAGCUUUGGUGAUGCUACCAGUUAUAUGCUUAUGAACUUAUCCUCGGUAGCGGAUUUAAACAAGCGUUUGGAGCAGCCAGUGGAUUCAUUGCGCUUCCGCGGUAACUUUGAGCUCAAAAUGGACGUUGACCAGCCCUACGCUGAGGAUCACUGGCAAUGGAUACGCAUUGGUGAUGAUGCUGUCUUUCGCAUUGUUGCUCCUUGCACGCGCUGCAUUAUGCCCAACAUUCAUCAUAAUAGUGGUGAACGCGAUGCUGACUUUGAGCCGCUCAAAACGUUGCGCAGCUAUCGAGUUAUUACCAGCGAUUCUUCGCCAGUCAUGGGCGUUCACAUGGGACUGCGUCAACCGGGCAGUGUCAAGCUUAAUGACGUUGUUUACGUGGCAGAUGUUUAAAAAUCAUAUAAUUAAUACACUCCUUAUAUAUAUAGAACAAACAAAGGAAA